AUGAGCUCCAAUGGUCGAAGUAGUCGUACAGGUGGGCCAACCAAGGCUCUACUCUCACAGAGAGGAUUUAUUGACCGUAUGGACGAUGGGCUAACCGGUGUGGAAGGUGCCCAGGAUGUGAUAUCCAUGAUAACUUCACGGCGAAGAGUCACAAAACUCAUUCUUGGACAUAAUAAGUUAUCCGAUGACGGAUGUAUUGUUCUCUUUCGGUUCUUAGCAUCCCAAGCGGGGAGGAAAUAUCGAAUAACGGAGAUUAGCUUGAACUCGAAUGAGAUUGGUGACCGUGGAUUGUUGGCUAUAGCGGUAUACCUGAAUGAGAAUCAGCAUUUGACCGAGCUGUUCUUGCAGAAUAACUUAUUUUCAGGAGAUCCUUCAGUCAUCGAGACCUUCACGAACAGUAUCAACUUCUCGCAUAUCGAAAUGCUGUCUCUCGCCACUAACAAGGCCCUUUCUGAUGAUUUUGCGGGUGCAUUCUUCUCCGGCCUACGGUCAACAUAUUUAAAGGAACUACAUGUUUCAGCUACCGGCAUCACGCGUCGCUCAGCUCCACACAUCAUCUCGUACAUCUCCUCUCCCGAACGUUGUCACUUACGUAUAUUCAAGUGUAACGGCAACGUUCUCGGCCACAGUGCAGUGAAACGUAUCAUUUUUGCUAUAGAAAAGAGCAAUUUUGUUCUUUCCACCGUGGAGCUCUACUCCAACCACAUGGCCACAGAGUCAGAUGAUGACGAUACAUCAUCCGACGACACCGAUUGGAAGGAUUUAGAAAAGAACUUGCGCCUGUUCCUUUUAAGGAACAUGCACCUCAAACGCGUGGCCGAGAAAGAGGCUCUAGGUCUUCUGCGUUACUCUCGAACCCUCCUACUUCCUACGAAAUCGUCCGCCCUCUGUAUACUACCCAUCGAACUUCAACUUCACAUUCUCUCCUUUCUCGCCCCAAGUCUAUCGCCAGCUCAACGCAUAAACGUCUGCACUUAUGCCUCGACGUCCAUGACGCUACCUCCGUUACUUCCCAAAUUGAGCGGCUGCGAACCCAAGAUGUGCCUACCGGAUCCAUCCAGUUUAGGGUUUUCUGAGGGCGAGGGCAAAGUAUGGGAAGUGCGUGGUACCACUGGUGGAUAUGCGGGAAAAUGUCGUGAUGCUGUUCUUUGUCAUAAAGAACAGCAACAGACGAAAUGGCUUGAUGCUGUUGGGUGCUCGGCGUACGAUGGAGGUUCCGCGUAA